AUGGAAGAGCAAACAAGUGGCGCAACCGCAUCAGCAAAUGAGCAAUUCGUUGUUGUGAGACUUGCCACAGAAUACCUGGAGCAAUUCAUUUCUCUUGGUUCUUGGAUUUUUGCUUGGCAGCCAAAGAAAGCAAUGAGAACAGAAUCUGCGAAGGCGUGCAUUGUUGACACCGCCAGUGGCUUAAUCAUUGCUACUGCCAAGCUUUCCGUGAUUUCACCUGUGAGCAGCUUUGUUCAACUACGCUCAUGCCGACCGUUCCAAGCUGCAGGCCAACUGCAGAAGAACACCUGGAGAAACCGUAUCACUUCAGGGAACAGCCUCUUUGAAUGGACGAUCACGGAGAUUGACAGGUUCAGUGAUUCUAUGGUGGUGGAAACAGGGGCAGGGCGAACGGCGUAUGUAAGUGCACGUGAUUUUAGGAGUGCAGCACCAUCUCUGCAAGCAUUGACGUUGAAGUCAUCCGCUGAGUAUUUUGUGGGCCGACUGUCAGGUAGAGACAGGCAGCUUUUACGAGAAAACCUACAAAGUCUACAUGGCAAGCGACUGACCUUUGGAAGCACCUGCAGUGGCACUGAUAUCAUUGUGCCGGUGAUGAAGCAAACCAUCUCAGUGCUUUGCAAGCUGUUCAAUGUGUCUAUUGAGGUGGUUCAUCUUUUCAGUGUUGAGUUCGAGAAGCAGAAGCGGGAGUUCAUCAUGGACGCACAUGGAGAUAGUGGCUUUCAUCUCUUCCAUGAUGUGGCAGUCUUUAGAGAUGGUGGUGAGUCUUUCUGCGAUGUUUGCCAACAGUCACAUGCAAUUCCAACUGCUACGGAUGUGCUUGUUUCUGGGCCUUCUUGCAAGAACAUCAGCAAAGAGAACCGUCGACGGUCUGAUUACCUGUCAUGCUACGAGGAUGGAAGUGGUUGCAGUGGUUUCACCUACGAAUACGGAGUCAAGGAAGCUGUUGCAAGAACCUGUCCAGCAGUAGUGAUUUUCGAGAAUGUUACAGGUCUCUUGGACAGACCCAAAGAUGAGAACGGGCAACUCUUGCAACCUCAGAUUGAGGUCGUGACUUCUGACUUCAAGAAUCUCGGGUAUGUGUUCCAAUACUCGAAGCUUGUUGCAAACCGCUAUUUGCUGCCACAACGUCGUACCAGAAUUUAUGGCACAGCUGACCUGGAUGAAGGGCAAUCAGCCAAAGGUUUCCAUCAAAGAAUGUCAACCACAUUGAUGGAUAUGUCGGGCGACGGUCAGUUUGAUCAUGAUGCGGUAUUUCUGAGGGAUUUGCCAAAAACACCUUUGCAGGGGAAUGCUGCCCGCCUUGUGGAAGAAGCUGUGAGUAAGGGCGCUUUGCAGAAUGAAUCGAACGACCUGUUUGUAGAUACUUCAGGGCUGCUUUGCAGCGAGCAAGUGGGGUCGCAAGAGGAAGCUUCACAAGUGGGAUUUGUUCUGCGAGAUCGCUCCGAAGCAGGCCAAAGUGAUGACAGAAAUACCAAACAGUAUUCGCAGUUUGCUAGGAGUACCGCUCAAGCACACCAAUUCCAAGUUCAAGGCGGCAGAGGGAACUCACAAAAUUCCAGAUCCUCUGGCUCUUGCUGUUGA